AUGGCAUCAACAACGAAAUCCGAGAUUGAAAGAAGUGAAAGCAACAACACAAUGGAAGUUUCCAUUGAGAUGCUUCCAGAAUCUUUAUUACUCGAAGUGCUUGCAAAGGUAGCUUCUGAAUCUGUUGUUGAUUUUAACAACGUGAAAGUUUGUUCCCAAGAUUUUUGCAAUUUCACUACUAAAGAAAACGAUCUUUUAAAAAUAGUUUCAUUCGAGGAUUAUCCUAAGAUCCUAUGGGAACCAACCGAGCAUGCAUUGGCAAUUAUCAAACGUUGUGAGGAAAGUGGAAAUCCUGAUGUAUUGUUUAGUCAAGGCUUACGUGAAUACUUUAAGUAUCCAAACGGAAAUAUUGGCGGCCUUGAGAAAUUAAAGAUUGCUGCUGAAAGUGGUCACAAAUUAGCAAAGUAUGUGUAUGGUAUGAUAAUGUUGUCUUCUGAAAAUAAUGAGUCCAUGCAAGAAGGAAUCGAGCAUAUCCGUUUUUUAAAGAUGGCUAAAUGUGUUAUGCAUACAAGAAAUAAGAUAGAUGAAAUCAGGAAAAAAUAUCUCUUUAUAUACUAUAAUGGAAUGUUGGUUCGGAGGCAAACUCGUGUUUGUAAAUCAAAGCCUUGCAAGGGAUGGGGAUUGAGGAGAGGUAAAUGGAUAAUGAUAAAUGAUGAAGAUGAUGACUUAAGUUAUUGUGAAUAUUGUAGAUGGGAUUACGAGUUGGAGAUCUUUUAUCAAAUAUUUAGAGUUCGUUAG